AUGGAUAGUUUGAAUUUGAACAAACGGCCCUCAUUACAAUACAGUCUCAGUUCGUUGGGCUCACAAAUCACAAAAUGGAACUCAUCUAGACCGACCUCGCCAGUACGUAAUGCUAGAAGCACAGAGCGUGAAUCCCUUUCCAAGCAAGAUGUAGUUGAUACCUCCCCAAAUAUUGAUGAGAACGGCGGUGAACAGUGGCAAGAAAGAUUUAAGCCCACUUGUUUGGAGCAGGUGGCCAUUCAUAAAAGAAAGCUUAAAGAUGUACGAGAAGCUUUAGAUGCCAUGUUUUUGCCUGACGCCAAGCAUAGAAUCCUGCUACUCUCUGGCCCUAGUGGAUGCUCCAAAAGUACAGUCAUAAAAGAGCUUUCAAAAAUUUUAGUUCCUAAAUAUAGACAAAAAAGCAACUUAAUGUCCCUUCGAGGGAUCUCGAACGACCAUGAAGUGACCGAGUUCAGAGGUGAUUGCAUAGUCAACGAUCUUCCUCAGAUGGAAAGCUUUAGUGAGUUUUUAAAAGGUGCAAGGUAUCUUGUGAUGUCCAACCUAUCAUUGAUACUUAUUGAGGACCUACCAAACGUCUUUCAUAUAGACACAAGACGUCGAUUUCAACAACUUAUAUUGCAGUGGCUAUAUAGUUCAGAGCCUCUAUUACCCCCCCUUGUGAUAUGCGUAACAGAAUGUGAAAUUCCAGAGAAUGAUAGUAACUAUCGCAGGUUUGGAAUUGAUUAUACGUUUAGUGCAGAAACCAUCAUGAGCAAAGAAAUAUUGAUGCAUUCGAGGUUGAAAAGAAUUAAGUUUAAUCCAAUUAAUAGCACUUUAUUGAAGAAACACUUGAAACUUAUUUGUGUUCAGAAUAUGAAAAUGUUGAAGGAGAAAAAUAAAUGGAAUAAAAGACAGGAAGUCAUAGAUUUUAUCGCACGAGAGACCGGCGAUAUCAGGUCAGCAAUUACUAGUCUUCAAUUUUGGGCGACCUCAAGUGGAAAUUUGCCCAUUUCAACACGGGAAUCCACCAUAUCAUACUUUCAUGCUAUUGGGAAGGUUAUUCACGGUUCGCAUAGCACGAAGAACGAUAACGAUAUGAUUAAUAACCUUUUCAAGAAUUCCAACGGUUUGUUAUCAAAGCAGGAUUUCAAACUAGGAAUAUUAGAGAACUACAAUACAUUUAAUAGAGGCAAAUUUAGCAUCUCUGAUGCAUCAUCAAUUGUAGAUUGCUUGAGUGAAUGUGAUACUAUGAACGGUCUGCCAGAGCCCAAUGAGUACAGUUUACGGGAAGUGCGCAAAAUAUUUCGUAACAUCAGCAAGGAGGGCCAUAACCAUGGGACGGUUUAUUUUCCUAGAGAAUGGAAAGUUAGGAAAUUACAAAAUUCAUUCAAAGUUCAAUCUGAGGAUUGGUUAAAUGUUAACCUUUAUAAAUAUGGCGCAGUCCAUUCUUUCAGGAAUAUAACUAUGGAAUUUGGUUACUAUGCACCUUUAAUUAGGAAGUUUCAGAGCUAUAAAAAAAAGUCCAUGCUCUAUUAUUUAAAAAAUCUUCCGGCUGACUCUUUGGAGCUCAAACAAACCAUGGACAAAUUCAGUGAUUUAAUGAAGAUAGAGAACGGUAUCGACAUGAUGGAUCGGAUAGGCGGGCCUAUUGAAGCACUAUCUGUAGAGGAUGGACUAACACCAUUGAUGGACAACGAUAGCAGUAAUUCGGACCAUUUAGAAGACCAAAAAAGGGAAAGGGACAGAAGACUUCGCGUUUUGAUUGACCAAUAUGAAAAGAAUGUAAUGAUGGUGAAUGACGGCCUUGAAGAUGGAGAGGCCUCCUUUAACGAUGACCCUAUUGUCGAUAGCGAUGACAGCAAUAAUAUUGGUAAUGAAACAUUUGGGAGGAGCGAUGAGGACGAAUCGCUUUAUGAAAUGCUGUCUCAAAGACAACCACGUAAUGCGCCAGUCAUCAGUGAGUCACUUUCAGAUUCGGAUCUGGAAGUACUCUAA